GGGCUCAUUGAGAGAGCUACCCGCACGUAUGACCCCGCCACCCACACGCAUGCGCCACCUCCACGCCGCCGCCACGCCCCCUCCAUCCGCGCCCCGCCCUCACUGGCCGCCGCGGGUGACGUCACGAGGGGGAAUCGCUGUGAGCAAGGUAGUUGGGCAGCGGGAAGGUGACGUAGGGGAGGUGUAGGGGCCACUCAAAAAGUAGUGGUUGUGUUUACUACGAGUCAGUCACACGCGCACCUGUUGAGAGUUGACGCGGUUAGCAGGCACCCCUCCGCUGCCCUCACGUGCACGCAUACGCGCCCGCACACGCCCAGGUGCCGCACGCCCGUCUGUCCCUGGGCGGAUGAAGGAGUGAGGGAGUGCUGGAGAGGAACCAAGCAUGUUACCACGAGGGUGUGCUGAGGACGCCGCCAACACCGCCACCUCCUCCCUGGUGUUUGGGUCACUGCUUGUGGAUGACGCCUCACCCACGCCGUACUCAGACGCCACGCAGACCAAAAAACACCCGCCCAACCACGUGAAGCGGCCCAUGAACGCCUUCAUGGUGUGGUCGCAGCUGGAGCGGCGGCAGAUCGUCUCCCAGACCCCCGACAUGCACAACGCCGAGAUUUCCAAGCAGCUGGGCCGCCGGUGGAAGCUGCUGUCGGAGGAAGAGAGGCGCCCCUACCGGGAGGAGGCGCAGCGACUCAAGAUCCUGCACCGCCUCGAGUACCCAGACUACAAGUACCGCCCUAAGAAGAAGAACCUCCGCCCCUUCCCGCCUCUCCUGUCCUCGGGAACCCGCGCCGGCGACCCGCUCCGGGGCGUGGCGGGGGCAGGCGGUGGCAGGAUCUGCAAGACAGUGAGCCACGCGCCGCCCGCCACAGCCGCCACCGUCAGCAGGGUGCGGGAGUGCCUGCUGAGUGGAGGCUUCAGAAACACGGCCAAGGACACCAGCAGGACAGCAUGCCCUGCGGCCACCCCCGCGCCGCAUCAGCCCUCACGCCCGCCGCCCACCACCACCCUCCCGCCUGCCACGCCGCCCUUGGACCUCCCGGACUCCCCGGAGAGUGCCAGCAUGUUCGAGGACGGCCCCGCCCUCUGGCUGUCCUGGGACUCCUCCUCUCUGAGUCAUGAGGAACAGCAGCAGCAGCAGCAGCAGCAGCAGCAGCAGCAGCAGCAGCAUCUCGCGCCCUUCGAUGCUGAGUUCGAGUGGGACGAGGCGUUGCUGGGGUGUGGCCUCGCCGCCGAGUCCCCCCGGCAGGAGGAGCCGCCCACCCUGGCAGACCUGGACGACAUCGGCGUGAAGGACCUGGUGCCGCUCACCCCAGACCUGUCCCUGGACUUGCACGCUCUCGGCACUGACCUGGACCUGCUGGCGGCCCUGGGGGACGAGGAGGAGGAGGGCGCCCCGCGCAGGUUGGCUACGCCCCCAACCCCUGUCUGCCCGGACCUGGGCCCCGCCACGUUGGCCUGGGACGACUGCCUUGACUCCUUCAUGGACACCCUAGACCUGCCGGCCCGCGCCCCCCAGGCGGCGCCAUGUCGUGCGGACAUGGCCCCGGCGUCCUCGUGGCUGCGGCCAGCGCUGGAGGCCUCCUACGCCCUGGGUGACCCCUCCAGAUGAGCCCUGAGGCGCCCCCUUCGUUCCUUUAUUGUUUGGCGAGCUGGUCUCUGCUCCCACCGGCCUCCCGCUCCGUAGCCCUCGCCGGCCGCUGCGGGUCGCCUUGUCUCUCCUGAUCUCAUCGCGUAGCACACCCAACAUGACCCAACACGACUCAACAUGACUCUCCUCUCUCUGUUUCUCCCUCGGCCCCUCCCCCGCCACAAACUCUGGUAAGUCACCGCCUUCCCAAUUACCUCCCCCACUACCUCCUUCACCGCCCCCUUCACCGCCUCCCUCACCGCCUGUCGUGUGUGAGAUACACCCGCCUCUGGACCAUAUUCUGAAACACUUCUGCCUGCAUCCAGCAUACAUUUAAAAGGCCCUGAUUUAGGCUGUACGGGUUUCUAAGAGUGUUUUAAGGUUCCUAUGACAGAUUAACAAGAUUUCUACAUUAUGAAAAGGAGAAAGUCCUGAGAACCCGGCUAAUUAUAUCUGUAGCCUUCGUGAACAGUUGUGAUGAGAGAGCAGAGUGUUUCUGAAUACGGGUCUUUCUCUCUCCCACACCUUCUGGCUGACCUGUCCUCCUUUCUUUUCCAGAAUAGAGAAGACAUGUGCAUUUGUUCCCUGCCUUUGCCAGCAGCGGCGUGUGGGCGGUGGUGCUGUAAUGCUAUAGUGCUGGCUGUACAUGUCUGUCUGUCUGUUUCCCAAUCUUGCCGUGCCAGCGUCUUGAUUAGUGCUGUGAUAAUGAGUGAUGUCUAGUCUUCCUCCCGGUAAUUGUAAUGAGAGGUUCGUUUCCACACUACCAAUACGCCUUUGCUAAUUAGUUGAGUCUCACCUGUCGAUAAAAGCACAGGUGAAUGCACGCACUGAAUCGCUACGUGAGAGUUAUUACUUUUUUUUUCCUUGUGCUUAGAUUAAUUGGAGUCAAGAUUUUUUUCGAAGUAUAUAUUUGUAAAUAUGCUCCGGUUCGUGCUUUUAAUUGUAGCAUAUUUUUGGGCGGCUUUUGGCCUGAUUUUGUACUUUUUCUAAUAUAUUUUAUCUUUGGUUCCUUGUGAACGCCAAGGCCACUCUCCGGCAGUCAAGAGCUGCUCUUUUUGUUGGACGUGUGUGGGGUUGAGUUGUUUUGAUGUGCGUGAGUCUGCGUGUUUAAUUUUUAUCGAGUUAUUUAUUACCACGGAAACUCACACCUAUUUGCCUGAUUAUUUAAUUAAUCAUUUAUUAAUUCAUACAUUCAUGCAUUCAUUCAUUCAACUAUUUAUUUAUCUACACAUUUGUUAACUUGUCUACUUAUCGAUUGAUCUCUAUAUCUAUAUUCACUUGAUUUGUACAUUCAUCUUUCCGGAAUAGAAUUAAUACUAAACACAACAUUUUCUUAUUUAUUUAUUUAUUUACUUUUUUAUUUUUUUAUGCGAGAGGGCCACUAGCCAAGAGCAAUAAAAAUAAAGAAUAAAAAGACCACCUGAGUGCCAGCUCCCGAAGUGAAGUUAAAUCAAUAAUGAAAUGUUGAAAGGAUAAGUGUCGUGAAACUUCUUGAAAGAGUUCAAGGUCUAGUAGUUUACUUUACAUUUGUAUUUUCCUUGUUUUUUCUUCUUCUUCUUCUUUCCUUAAUAUGUUCUUUGAUUCAUUAAAAACUUGUGUUCAUCGAUUGCACAAAAAAGUAUAGCAAUUUUCCACAAAAUCCUCACGUAAUUUUAUUUAUUUACCUAUUCAUUCACUUAUUUUCAUUUAUUACUCAUUUAUUAAUUUAUCUAUAUAUUUAUUAUUUUUUUACAUUUGAAUUUCAUGCAAGGUCGAGAUCUCAAGUUUGUAGCGAUAAAGUUGAUGACUUGUUAAGUCUGUAGAGCGUUCAUUACUUUUUUAGGCGUGUGGUGCGCCAAACAACCAUUUUUAUUUAUUUAUUCAUUAUUUUAUUUUUUUCAUUUGUACGCUUAAGCGGAAGGUGAAAAAAGAGGAAAGAGAGGAAGCUAGUGUGUGUGUGUGUGUGUGUGUGUGUGUGUGUGUGUGUGUGUGUGUGUGUGUGUACAAAAUGAGGACCAAAAGCCAUAUCUUUCGUUAAUUAAAUGAUUACCGUCAUUCAACGAGGACCUAAGAUAAACAAGGAAUUUAUACCAUUAUAGGUGUGAGUUUAUUUAUCUUUUUAUUUAUUUAUUUACUGACUAAUAAUAUUUUUGUGUAAUUUAUGUAAUUUAUGUAAUUCAUGUAAUUUUAUGUAUAUUAUCUUACGUAUUGUUUUCUCUCUUGUCCACAGAAAAUCACAUAGCAGCUUGAUAUUGUACAAUAAUUACAAGAAAAAUGUGAAGAAAGUGAAAAACGGUAUCUUGAGGAUAUUGAUAUUUUCGUGGUUUAUCAUGUAAUUUUGUAUUUUGUUACAUUAACUUAUUGUCGUGAAAAGUACGUUAGUCUUUUUUUUUUAUGAGAACGCAUGUCAUUGUUAUCUUGGCUAUCAACAUUUUCAUAUUACGUGCAUAUGUUGUCAUUGAUAUUCAUCUGUGAUUCGUUCGAUGAAUAUUUCAGUGUAUACAGUAUUUCGUUGGUGUUCGUUCUCAUUUUUUAUAUGUAUGUACAUUUUCCACUAGUUUUUUUUUUUUUCGUGUUAUCUGUGUUCAGUUUUAAGAAUAAGCUACUCCGAACGAUGUGUUUUGAAAGAGAGAAAGCCAAUUCCACAGAAAAGAAAGAAAAACAGUGCUCGUUGUUUGCAGUAAGAAAGAUGAAACAUUUAAAAAGAUUCAUGAAGUGAGCUGGACUCCCGUGACUCUACUGAACAGGUGUAAGUCACGUACACUCUCAUUAAGUUAGUGUUACAUUCGUUAGGUUCUUUUGUCACAAGUAUCGCCAGGAAUUUGGUGCCUCUCUCACAUCUGUACCUUCUGGGGCUGUGUUCGGAAUUGUUUCACCUCCUCUCCAUUACUCUGAACAGGUUCUUGUCUAGUGGAUGGUCUCUAGGUUUUCAAAGGUGUUUUCAUGAUUCAACUGGUAGUUUUUGUUUUUUUAUCUCAACUACCUUUAACAGACCGUAAUGGAAAUUAUUGGGUGUUUUCAAGGGUUUUCAUGAUUCUGAUGAUAAUUUCUUUUCUCAGUUACUUUUAACAGGCUGUUGUGAAGGCAGUUUGGUGUUUUGAUGAUUCUAAUGAUAAUUUAACAAGGAUUCUACACAUCAGUGGGUAAAAACACCCACGAGAACCCGGCAUCUGAUAAUACUUUUUAUUAGCUCAAGACGUUUCAGAACACGGUUUGUGGAUGCAAUGUCGCCCAAUGAUCUUAUUUACAGUGGUACAAGUUUUAAGUCUACCUGUGUUUACCUGUAAGGCUAAUCUGUCAUGAGGUCUGAAGAUACAGUCCAUAUUCUGAAACACUUCUGCGCCGCACCACCACUGCUUUGAAAAGAUGAAGUGACGCGGGUUUUUAAGAGUGUUCUUUUGAGGUUCAAGUGACAGAUUAACAUGAUUUCUACAUAACUAAUUGGAAAAACACUCUUGAGAAUCCAACUGAUCAUCUCUGUUGCCUUUGAAAAUACUCGUGGCGAGAGAGAGAGAGAGAACGAAGUGUUUCAGAAUACAAUCCUUGAUGUUCUUCUUCUGGUCAUGUUCCACGUGGUCUCGCUCAUCUGUUCCAUUUAUCGGCUUAAGUAUUUGAACGCUCAGAAGUCGUGCAGCGUGCCACAUUCACUUCCAUUCUAGUGAUUACCCUCAAUUUAAAUUCUGCUGGAAAAUGCAAUCAGGUUUUGUAAGAGAAUAAGUAGAUUAGAGGACGUGAGAUUGAGGGACGCUAGACAGGAGUUGCUCGUAUUUCAGAAAAGCUUUGGUUUCUCACCACAACUAUUUUCUGAGGUCACAGAGAUGUUUAGUCGGGUUCUCAAGAGUGGUUCUCCUGUUCAUAAUAUAGAAAUCUUGUUAAUCUAUCACUGGAACCAUGAAAAAAAAAAAAAACACUCUUAAUAACACGUGUCACCUCAUGUAGAGCCUUUGGAAAGUAGUGUAGGUGCGGCCACAAGUGUUUCUGAAUACGGAGUGUGACAAGUUACUCGACUUCUCACCAUGACUGUACUUGUUCCUGGCUCGUGACGGCGGUGGUGGUGGUGGUGAUGGCGAGGAGCAGCGGCCUGGCACGAGGGCUGGCAGGGCUGAGGGCUCCGUUAGGGAUAGCACUAGUCUCUAUCCCCUUCAGGAGGUAAUGAGAAAAGUCUCCCCUCAUCUCCACAGCAACGAUAUCUUGUUUGUCUUGGUCAGUAGGCUGUGCUCCUCCCUUACCUACCUCCUCUUCCCCCUCCUCUUCUCCCCAACAUCCUCUUUCACCUACCUCCUGUUCCUCCUCCUCCUGCUCCUCCUCCUCCUCCAGAAGUCUUGUUGCUGGACAAUAAAGGUGUUUUUUGUACUAACAUUUGUGUUUUCUUUAAUA